UUCCACUCAAGAGAUUUCCAACAUCUUCAUGUUCUUAGAAAAACAGGAUGUGAACAUUGAGAUUGUGUGGAUUUGAAUGAUUUGAAAACAAAUUUCAUUAUUUUCCUCGGUAUAUUUAUUUCAUUUCAUUUUUUUAAACUAUUUUUAGGUGUAUUUUUGGAUUUGUAACCAUGAUCAGUAGCUAUCGGAAAAGUUGAUAUGUUAGUCAAGAUCAUUUACAAACAUCGUUAAUGAAAUGGGCCCGAAAACUGUUCCUUGGGGUAUACCUAUUGCUAUUAGUAAUAUCCAAAUGCUGUUAUAAUGGCAACUUGGAGGAAGAUAAUAAUAUGGCAGAUCCUUUUUGUAAUCCUGAUAGUCCAGUCAGGAUAACGUUCGAAGAAGUGACAUCUGCAGCCUAUAAGAUCAGGAGUGGAAUCGACUAUACGCCAUGCAUUAAAUCCCACUUGUCCAGUUUAACUGGAAUGGAUAUAUUUUUGAAGAAAGACUUUUUACAACACACUGGAAGUUUCAAAGAACGUGGUGCCCGGUACGCCAUGAUGAUGCUCACCAACGAAGAAAGGCGUCACGGGGUGGUGGCAGCUUCUCUGGGUAACCAUGCGCAAGCUGUAAGCUACCAUGGCUACCAGCUGGGCAUCCCCGUCACGGUGGUGAUGCCGACCAUAGCGCCCAUCAUGAAAAUCCAAAAGUGCAGAGAGUACAAUGCGAAAGUGAUAAUGGAAGGCAAGGACAUGAACGAAGCUAUAAAGAGAGCAGGCCAACUGGCCAAAGAACACGGUUGGGUGUAUAUAAAUGGUUAUGACAAUCCGCAGGUGAUCGCCGGCCAAGGGACGGUCGGCCUCGAGAUCAUGGAACAAGUGAAGAACAUCGAUGCGGUCAUAGUGCCCACGGGGGGUGGGGGAUUGCUGGCGGGGGUGGCGGUGGCGAUCAAAACAUUGGAUCCCUCCAUCAAAGUGAUCGGCGUUGAAUCAGAAAGGUGUGCGAGUUUUGCCAAUGCCAUAGAACACGAAGCACCAACUUACACGGAUAUCGGUGGUACUUUGGCCGAUGGGUUGGCAGUACCGAAAAUUGGGUACAAUGCAUGGAUCACGAGUAGAAAUCUAGUAGAUAGAAUGAUAACUGUGAAGGAAGAAUGGAUAGCAGUCGCGAUACUGCGGUUCAUUGAGAACGAAAAAUGUGUGGUAGAGGGUGCGGGAGCUACUGGUUUGGCAGCCAUUUUAGCCGGACAAUUGGACGAAUUCAAAGGCAAAAGGGUAGUGCUGAUCCUGAGCGGCGGCAACAUCGACACCACCAUCCUGGGCAGGUGCCUCGAACGGGGCUUGGCGGCCGACGGGCGGCUGGUCAAGGUCAAGGUGACCGUCAGCGACCGCCCGGGCGGCAUCUCGGAGCUGUGCAAGAUCAUCAGCUCGAUCGGCGUGUCCAUCAAGGACGUGAUACACGAGCGGGCGUGGAUGGUCUCGGACGUGUUCAGCGUCGAGGUGAAGGCUUUGGAAGACAUCGAAGAUCCGUUUUGUACCCCAGCAUCCCCAGUGAAAGUACUUUUUGAAGACGUAGUCACUGCAGCUGAGAGAAUCAGUGAUGGAAUAGUCAAGACCCCUUGCAAUAAAUCUUAUCGUCUAACAAAUUUGGCGAUCAUGGACGUUUAUUUGAAAUGUGAUUUCCAACAAAGAAGUGGAAGUUUCAAGGAAAGGGGCGCCCGCAACUUCAUGCUGUUGAUGAGCCCUGAACAAAGGGCCAAGGGGGUUGUGGCAGCCUCUGCAGGCAACCACGCUCAGGCCGUCUCGUACCAUGGGGCCCAGCUGGGCAUUCCCGUGACGGUGGUGAUGCCCAUAAUAUCGCCCAUCAUGAAGGUGCAGAAGUGCAAAGAGUAUGGUGCCAGAGUGGUGGUCAAGGGGAAGGAUAUGGGUGAGGCCAAGAAGAUUGGGUUGAAUAUUGCCAAGAGGGAUGGCAGUUUGUACCUGAAUGGUUUUGAUCAUCCGCAAGUGAUAGCCGGCCAGGGCUCAGCGGCCCUGGAGCUGCUCGAGCAAGUCGGCGACGUGGACGCCGUGGUGGUGCCGAUCGGGGGUGGGGGGCUGUUGGCUGGGGUGGCGGUGGCCGUCAAGGGACGCAACCCCAACGUCAAGGUCAUCAUACCUUCACUUCUAUCCACUAUUCACCGUAUCUCCAUGGAGAACCCAAUUCAAUGACGCCGCUACAUUUUUCCUUCUCGACCAUUUUUAUCCAUCUCUUUUCGGCCCGUCCAUUUUCAGGGGGUGGAGCCGGAGCGCGCGGCCAGCUGGACGAAGGCCUCGACGAUCGGCAAGCCGACAGCGACCGAGAUGCUGCCGACGUUGGCCGACGGCUUGUCGGUGCCCGUCGUCGGCUACAACGCCUUCGAGACCGCCAAGGACCUCGUGGACAAAGUGGUGCUAGUUAAUGAACAAUGGAUCGCUAUUUCCAUCUUGAGGCUGGUGGAAAAUGAAAAGUGCGUAGUAGAGGGGUCCGGAGCCGCCCCAUUGGCAGCUAUUCUCUCCGGGCAAUUGAACGAAUUCAGAGGAAAAAGGGUGGUGCUGAUCCUGAGCGGCGGCAACAUCGACACCACCAUCCUGGGCAGGUGCCUCGAACGGGGCUUGGCGGCCGACGGGCGGCUGGUCAAGGUCAAGGUCACCGUACGCGACAGGCCGGGCGGCAUCUCGGAGCUGUUGGCGCUCAUCGCCUCGGUGGGCGUGUCCGUCAAGCACGUGACGCAGGAGAGGGCGUGGGUCUUCUCUGACGUCUACAGCGUGCAGGUGAAAACCAUUUGCGAGACUAGAGAUUACGUGAACAGUGUCGAGCUGAAGGAACUUCUGUGUUCCAAGUACGAUGAUGUGAUGUUCGACGAUUUCCCCGAUAGAAGACUUUCGGUACCUUUGGUUUAGCAAGUAACUUGCCUUAUCAGUGGGAGUUCUCUGACCAUCUUCAAAAUUAGCUGUGAUAGCGAAGCACCAAGAUAACCAAGAAUAUGAAAUGAAAUGUACAUGCAUAUAUAUACCUAUACAAUAUAUUUUGAUAAUAAAUAUAUGAAACCAU